AUGAACGAUCGCGAGGUUACUGUGAAAACGAUUCAGGUAUCGCGAGAACCAAUCACUGCACUUCAGGAACAAACUCAUUUUACCGAGUUGGCUUUAUUGUACGACACGGAUUCCAUUGGCCGGUAUCUUCAUCUUCGUCGUCUUCUUCCUGGUCGUGACGUCGCGUGGGGUGGUCGUCGACAAACGGUGGAAACCUGCAACGUGCCCGACGCUUCAUUUCGAGUACCUGGGCUCCUGGCGGACGGAAAAAUAUUUGCGAACCUGACGGAAGCUUGCUCGAUGGAAAAUUUGUUCCCAAGUUGCACAGAAUCAGGGUGUGACCACAUCCCAACAGAUCAACUGAAGAGCUAUUUUAAAAUAUGAUCACUCGAUUGCGAGCUUGAGAUAAUCAGCUGCCCUCAUACGUCUGUAACACCAAUUAAAUUACUGUGGC